AGUUAGUCUGCAAGCCAACCCAACAAGUAAUACAUGAUGUCUUCUACCUCUUCUGAACUUUGCUUUGACUGUGCCAACUGUGUUGAAAUGCUUCCUAAGGGAACAACGAAGUCGGUCACCAGGCCCGAGAUCUUGGAAAGGCUAACCAGGAUCGAGAAUCAUAUUGAAGUCCAAACUGCGUUACUCAGUAGUAUGGCGGCAAGCAAGGAUUACGAGAAGAAGGUAGUAUAUACUGAUGACGACGACGAGUUGGAGGAACCGGAUGUACAACUUUGCAAUGUGACUCGCGAAAUGGCCGCUCUGAAAACCUACAAACCACAGCCUAAAGUCACGAACCACAAGGUCAUCAUUGAGGCUGCUCUCGGUCGACUCGACCAUGUGAACGGGGAUAGCAGCAUUAGAUGGGCCCAAUCAGUUAUACUUGGCCUGCAGGCAGCCGAAACACUGCAAAAUGAUAAGCAGAUGAUGGAGCUCGCAAGGGUUAUAGGAUGUCUGGAGGCCUGCGAACUUCGUUGGGCAGGGGACUGGAGAGCUGGUGUGGCAUCCAUCACAUUGAAGGAGCUGCGAACAUUGAUGAUUUGAGCUGAUCGCGAGUGAUACUUUUGCGCCCGUUUCCUUUCUCCUUGUCUGUUGUUGUCUGUCGUAUAUCUCUGUACUAUUCAGGGGGACUAUUUUAUUCAGAGCAGUGGUUUGUCGAUGUAUUCUUAUAGCACCUG